CAGAAGAGUGUUCCUUGGUCGCACCACAAGAAAAGAACAACAAAACCGUUAAUCUGAGAAAUUCCGAGGGAAAAAGCAGCAACGCCAGUCAUGUCGUUCGCAGCAACAGCAGCGACAACGAUGACGACAUGCCGCUUCGUUACGCUUCGAAUUCAGUGCACUGAUUCCAAGCCCAGAACUGGUUUCGGAAGCAAAACCAACAGCAAGAACAAGAACAGGAACAAGAACAACCUCAGCCAGGUCCCAUGUUGUCUGCAAUUGUUCACCAAGAAUCAACUACCAAACGGUCUGGUGGCGUUCCUACUCAGGCACCCGGGUUAAGUUCUCGGUUCGAUGGAAAGGUUAAGAGAAACUCUGCUGAGCUUGAGUUUGAGGAACGUCUAGCAGCAGUCAGAAGUUCAGCACUUGAGCAGAAGAAGGUAGUGGAGAAAAAGGAAUUUGGGCCAAUUGACUAUGAUGCACCUGUUGAGUUGGAGAAAACGGAUGAGAAAAAAAUUGGACUCGGUGCACAGAUUGGAGUAGGUGUAGCUGUAGUGGUCUUUGGUUUGGUUUUUGCUCUUGGAGACUUUCUUCCGUCUGGAAGUUUGAGCCCUACUGAGGAUACUGCAGCAACCGCCAAUAAACUGUCCGAAGAAGAGAAAGCGUCACUUCAGACUAGGCUGAAAGAAUAUGAAGCAACGCUUAGUAACUCCCCAAAAGAUCCAACUGCUCUUGAGGGAGCUGCGGUAACCUUAGCAGAAUUAGGAGAAUAUACACGGGCUUCAACUCUGCUUCAAGACUUGAUUAAGGAGAAACCAAGUGAUCCCGAAGUUUUUCGUUUGCUUGGAGAAGUUAAAUAUGAACUCAAGGAUUUUGAAGGAAGUGCUGCUGCAUUUAAGGUUUCUUCAUCGAUGUCUAAAGAUCUCAAAUUUGAAGUUCUGCGUGGCCUUACGAAUGCAUUACUUGCUGCUAAGAAACCAGAUGAGGCUGUUCAAUUCCUUCUUGCCUCUCGUGAACGUAUGAAUGUGGACAAGCCAGACACAAAGGCUGGAAGUAGUGCGACUGAAACAAAUUCGCAGGUGGACCCUAUUCAAGUCGAAUUACUUCUUGGAAAAGCCUAUUCAGAUUGGGGCCAUAUCAGUGAUGCUGUUUCUGUCUAUGACCGGCUCAUCUCUAGUCAUCCAACUGACUUCCGUGGUUACUUGGCCAAGGGAAUUAUUUUGAGAGAAAAUGGUAAAGCUGGAGAAGCGGAGAGGAUGUUUAUACAGGCACGGUUCUUUGCACCGGAUAAAGCCAAAGCAUUUGUAGAUCGAUACUCAAGAUAAUGACCACAUUGUUGUUCCUCAAGUAGGGUGUGCCAUAUAGGUCUUGGACGAAAUAUCUAGUCACGGGGGCUUCUUUCUAGUUCGCUUAACCAUUGAAAUUCAGAUAUGCUUCCCUCCAACGGACUGCUCAUUUUCUCUCGAAAACCACCUCCCCGACCUCUACCACUUCGAAUCACUUCACUCACGGUUGCAGAGACCUAAAGAAUUUUCACAAAUAAUUUUACUCAACUCGUGAUCAAAUGAGCUGUGAAAGAAGUAGAUGAUAGUAUUUUCGAGGAUGAGUUUGUAUAAUUUUGUUAUUGAUUCUGAUUUUCCAUGGCCGGUAGCUUUCCACAUUAUUCAAUCAUCGACGAAAUAUAGCCUUCGGACGGUCUUUAUCACAAAAGUUACCCAUUACUGUAUGAUUGUGAGCUUUUGUUGAUCAGAACUAUAUAUUUCGUUCCCAAAAUUUACUGUUUUAAUUGCA